CACAAGGCCUCUCUCUCCCACUAUAUAUACCAGCUCCCGCAGACAUGCUCCUUUUUUCUCCUCCUCUUCUUAUUUUCUCUCCUUUUUCCCUAGUCUUCUACCAGACCACUCUUCGGCGGCGUCGCGUCAGCUUCCGACCGUUCAUCUCGCCGGAAAAUCGCCAUUCGAGCUCUCCAAGAAUAUCUUUGACCUGAAGAGUUCAGAACUAUGGAUGGCACUAAGGAGUAUGGACUUAGAAAGGUGAGUUCUCAUUGUUCCAUCUCUGAAAUGGACGAUUAUGAUCUCUCAAAGCUUCUUGACAAGCCAAGGAUCAACAUCGAGAGGCAGCGAUCGUUCGAUGAGAGGUCAGUUAGUGAGUUAUCGAUUGGCUUAGCAAGAGGCCUAGAUAACUUUGAGAGCACAUACUCGCCUAUAGGACGGUCAACAUGUGAUACCCCAGCUUCAUCGGCUAGGAACUCUUUUGAUCCUCAUCCAAUGGUUGCUGAUGCCUGGGAAGCUCUUCGCAGAUCUUUGGUGUUCUUCCGGGGCCAACCGGUUGGCACAAUUGCUGCUUAUGACCAUGCUUCAGAGGAGGUUCUUAAUUAUGAUCAGGUUUUUGUUCGAGAUUUUGUACCCAGUGCUCUGGCUUUUCUAAUGAAUGGUGAGCCUGAUAUAGUUAAGAACUUUCUACUGAGGACCCUACAGCUUCAGGGGUGGGAAAAGAGAAUAGACAGAUUCAAGCUUGGGGAAGGAGCAAUGCCAGCUAGUUUCAAAGUUCUUCAUGAUCCAGUUCGUAAAACAGAUACUAUAGUAGCAGAUUUUGGUGAGAGUGCAAUUGGAAGAGUUGCUCCAGUUGACUCUGGAUUCUGGUGGAUUAUUCUUCUGCGUGCAUAUACAAAGUCUACUGGAGAUUUAACUCUGGCUGAAACUCCUGAGUGCCAAAAGGGAAUGAGGCUUAUACUGUCCCUGUGUCUGUCAGAGGGAUUUGAUACAUUUCCAACUCUGCUGUGUGCUGAUGGAUGCUCAAUGAUUGAUCGAAGAAUGGGUAUUUAUGGUUAUCCUAUUGAGAUUCAAGCACUUUUCUUUAUGUCAUUGAGAUGUGCUUUGGCAAUGCUGAAACAUGAUGCAGAGGGGAAAUCGGAGUUUGUCGAGAGAAUAGUAAAGCGUUUGCAUGCUUUGAGUUAUCACAUGCGAAGUUAUUUCUGGCUUGACUUCCAACAAUUAAAUGACAUAUACCGCUAUAAAACAGAGGAGUAUUCUCACACUGCAGUAAAUAAGUUUAAUGUUAUGCCUGAUUCAAUCCCAGAAUGGGUGUUUGAUUUUAUGCCAACGCGCGGUGGGUACUUUGUUGGCAAUGUCAGCCCUGCCAGGAUGGAUUUUCGAUGGUUUGCUUUAGGUAACUGUAUAGCUAUAUUAGCUUCUUUGGCAACUCCUGAACAAUCUGCUGCCAUUAUGGAUCUUAUUGAAGAACGCUGGGAGGAGCUGGUUGGAGAAAUGCCUUUGAAGAUAUGCUAUCCUGCAAUAGAAAGUCAUGAAUGGCGAAUUGUAACUGGUUGUGACCCGAAGAAUACCAGAUGGAGUUAUCACAAUGGAGGAUCUUGGCCAGUGCUUUUGUGGUUGCUAACGGCUGCCUGCAUCAAAACGGGACGGCCCCAAAUUGCAAGACGAGUAAUUGAUCUUGCUGAGAGCCGACUGCUGAAAGACAGCUGGCCAGAAUAUUAUGACGGCAAACUCGGGAAAUACAUCGGUAAACAAGCAAGGAAAUAUCAGACAUGGUCAAUAGCCGGAUAUUUGGUGGCGAAGAUGAUGUUGGAGGAUCCAUCACAGUUGGGGAUGAUCUCCCUCGAAGAGGACAAGCAAAUGAAGCCUGUGAUUAAAAGAUCCUUCUCCUGGACAUGCUGAAAAAAGCUCGAGCUGAGCAGUAGAACAUAGCACAAAAGCAAAAGAGUAGAGAGAGAUAAACAAAAGGUGAGAGAUCGUGUUAUCAUAACAGAGGGAAAAAAAAAACACCUAUUCUUUGGAAAUUUCUAUUGUAGGUUUGAUUUAAAGUUGUGUUUUGUGUACAUCAGCACCUGCGAGACUAUCAUCUUUUGUUUGUCAAAUAAUAGAUAGAUUUUGAUC